UAAUAUAGUCGUCGACUCGACAUCUGCCAUCGCCAAUAUUGUCAUCCCAUUUCCAAUUUGAUCAUUAAUUUUAUAAAAGUUAAGAUUUUACGAGUGGUGGAUAGAUGGAAUAGAAUUGUAUGAGUUUACGCUGCUUUAAUUCCAAAGUUAUACGGAAACAGAUUAGUUUGUUAUUUUUUAAUAACAUUCGUAGAGGGCUCGUUUUUUUAUGGUGCUCAGUAAAUGUAAUUAUAUAUCAGAUAAAAACUCUUUUUAUAAGGAAUUAUAAUCGCUUGAUAAGUGUUCAUCAUCAUCAGUGUUUUUGUUUACAUAGUUGUGAGAAAAUGAGUGAAAACGGAACACCAAUUGAUAACUUAAACACUAAAAAUGGGAACUUUAUUUGUGGUGUUGUUGAAGGUUUUUACGGUAGACCAUGGACUACAGAUCAAAGGAAAGAUUUGUUCCAAAAAAUGAAAAAAUGGGGAAUGGACUCGUACCUAUAUGCCCCGAAGGAUGACUACAAACAUAGAGCGUACUGGCGAGAACUGUACACUGUAGAAGAAGCUGAACACCUCACGGGACUGAUCAGUGCAGCGCGAGAUAACGGCAUUCACUUCUACUACGCAUUAUCACCUGGACUAGACAUAACGUACUCUAGUGUGAAGGAAGUCGCGGCUCUAAAGCGCAAGCUGGAACAAGUCUCCCAGUUUGGUUGCAAUGCAUUCGCUCUGCUGUUCGACGAUAUCGAACCAGAAAUGUCUGAAGCUGAUAAGGAGGUUUUUCAGUCGUUUGCCCACGCUCAGGUCUCAGUUACCAAUGACAUCUACCAGCACUUGGGUCAACCGAGAUUCAUGAUCUGUCCGACACAAUACUGCGCUGCUAGAGCUAUGCCCAAUGUGUCUAACUCUGAGUACCUGAACACUCUAGGAUCUAAACUUGCACCGGAGAUUGACAUUAUGUGGACAGGCAACAAAGUAAUUUCAAGAGUGAUCAGUGUGGAAUCGAUCGAAGAGAUCACGGACGUGUUAAAGCGGCCACCGCUCAUAUGGGACAACUUGCACGCCAACGAUUACGACCAAAAAAGAGUAUUCCUGGGCCCUUACCAGGGGCGGUCACCCGACCUCAUCCCCAAACUGAGAGGGGUUCUUACCAACCCCAACUGUGAGUUCGGAGCCAACUUUGUAGCGAUUCACACACUCGCUCAGUGGUCUAGAUGUAAUGUGGACGGAAAACGAGACAUCAACGACACAGUAUCAGCUGACAUCAAGCUAGAGACAGAGACGGAGGAUGGAGGGGUGGGAGAGGACGUUCCCACCUCUCUGCCAGCCAACAUGUACCACCCUCGGAGAGCUCUGCGCAACGCCAUACAAGAGUGGCUUCCGGAGUUUAGACGAGUCAAGCAAGCGUGGGGUCCGAUCACCAAGCCACAACCUGCGUUGCCACUCCCACUGCCGCUGCCAGUUAUCAUACCAUCCGUCAACACCUGUAUGUCCGUCACUACCACGACCAACACUGCUGCCUCGGCUGGCCAACAGAACACCAACCAACUACAAGCACUUGCUGAAGUUUGCUCCACGGUGAACGGCAACGAGAGCUUGAUGCAACCGGUGAGCAACUGUCCCAUAGUGAUGAACUCUCUGAUAUCCGAGAGCAAAGUGAUGAGCGAACCGAUGGACUGCAACUCUACUCCAACCAACUCUCCGGCUCACAUCAAAGCCACACCUACACAAGAUGUGCCCAUGGACAACAACUCUGGGUCUGGAGGAUUAAGUAGUUCCAGCAGUAUGACGAUGCAAGUUGAACCAGUUUCAGAAUCUAAUCUCGAGAGCAGUGACGAGAGACCUAGAGAUGCAGACAAGGAGUUGACUCUGGAGGACUUGGCUCUGCUGUGUGAUCUGUUCUACUUGCCUUUCGAGCACGGCAGUCAGGGAGUCCAGCUGUUACAGGAGUUUAACUGGCUCAAGUCUAACGCUCAUCUCAUUACCCUGCAAAACGCCAAAACUUCCGAGACAACACCUGAGAUACAAGAAUGGCACGAACGAGCAGCUAAACUAGAAGAGAUGAGUCAAAGUGUCAACCGUCUGUUCCAGCGGCUCACGUUCGCCCACAACCGAGAGCUGUUGUAUGACUUGUAUCCCUACGUUUGGGACAUGAGAGGGGUCAUUUCACUGCUUAACUCUUACAUCAAGUGGUUAGCCAAGGGACGAUUUCCGCAGAUGGUAUCUAACUACACGCUGGGAAACUACACCUGGUUCUCCAAAGGUUGGAAGGAAAGCUUCAUGUCCGGAGACCAGGAACCUUGGGUUUUCAGGGGAGGCCUCACAGCGGAUCUGCAACGGUUGAUCCCAGUGGACGCAGGUUCAGACCUGUUUGUGUACAAAGCGCCAGAGGUACCUUGCAGCAAGAUCUAUACAGUCCGUCCCUACCUGCCGGAGGAUGAACCUGGAGUAUACUCUGUCUGCCGCAAGACUUAUAUGUUCUCUAGUCCUGCUCUGCCUAACCUCAUACCAGACAGACUGGUUGGUGCGUUCCUCACUCUGAGCCCUGAGCUGAGCAUGAUAGUGGAGGAUGAGACGGGGAUUGUGGGGUAUGCAGUGGCAGCCCUGGACGCUAGACAGUUCUACGGCAAGGUACGGCUAGCUUGGCUACCCGAGAUGUGCCAGAAAUAUCCUGCGACCGCUCCCUCUGAAAAGUCUACUCCAGAGGAGGACAUGAUCAAGUGGUUCCACUCGCCCAUGUUGGAGGAUGUUCCUGAUUCUAUACACACACAGCACCCCUCCGUGAUGUCUUGCUCACUACUGUCUACGGUGUUUGAUCAGUCUGUGGCCAAGAGACUUAUCAUCUGUCUUCUGGCUGCCCUCAGGGCUAAUGGUUCGUUUGGAGUGUACGUACCGGUCAGUUCGCAAGACAGAGCUUUGCUUGAGUUUUAUUCUAAGCUCGGGUUUGUUGAACUAUCCCAAGGAGCUUCACAAGAAACUAUGUAUCUCGGAAGGAUAUUUUAAACUAUUCUUACCUUUAGGUUCCAGUACUGCUCAACGACUUAACCGACCACAACACUCUCAAUCAGUGUAUAUAGUAUUAUGUAGAUACAUUACUGUAUAGGUUUUUUUAUUUCAUUCCUUCUAAACUAGUUUCAUUUACCCUUUCAAUGUUAUUGUUAUAUCUUAUGUAUAGUAUUUAAUAUUAUAUUGUUACAUUAUGCACUGGAUAUGUUUAUAGUUGUGUCAUAUCAGUCCAUUUUCCUGUGGUUAAGGAACAAUGAUAAAAUCAUAAGGAACUAUUAAUUUUAAAGCCCAUGUGGUGUGGGCUCAAAAUCGUAAUUAGGUUUUUGAUGUAGUUUUUACAACCCUUUUUUAGUUGAAGAUGGAUAGUAACUAGAACUAGUUUUCAAAGGAUAUUUUUGAUAUAUUUUAGUACUUUAUUUAGAAGUUUUUUCCCAGAUGAUUUUUAGUUUGCCUUUUUAGUGUCACUAGCAUUUUUUAUAUUUUUUUCCAAACCCUGACCAUUUUGUUACAAUUCAACCCUGAUUGUUGUUAAAUAGGUACUAAAUCUAAGUACUAUUUCUUGUGAAAAUGAAAUAGGCCUAAUUUGUAACUGUAUCAGGGUUUUACUUACGUUUUGCAUCACAUACUCUUUCAUGUACUCAUUAUUUUUAGUUGAAUGCAUAAAAUUAGGGUAAUAUUGCAAUUGGCCAAAUCAAAAUUGAAAAACCAUUGUCUAGUCAUUUGACAAAUUAUGUUAUGAUUUUGUAUCCUAUGUAAUGUAUACCACUAAAAUCACAUCGAAGUAGUGUUUAAUUUUGUAUAAAGAUUUUGUUUUUGCACCAUUCGGCACCUAAAAUAGUUUAAAGGCAUGAUUUAGUUUUAGUAGGCCUAAUGUAAAGCAUGAAACUUGAUUGUAAAUUAAUCAAUUGAUUGUAAAACAAUAAACAAUCUCCUUAUUUUUCAUGUUUUUUCUUACAAACUAGCUGAAAUAGAACUCAGUAUUACUUCAGUAAGAAAUGCUUAAAUGUAUGUUAAGUAUUACACGUGUUGCCAUUCAAAAUUUAUUUUUUAGUUCCUUAUGUCGACUUUCCUUCUGUGAAGGGAUAUUUAAGUGUGAUAGAAGCCCAUCGUGUAAGAAUUAUAUCUACCACUAUACUAAUGUAUCCAUACAUAUAUCUGUUGUGUAAAUAAAUAAUAUCUAGCGUAUAUUAUGCUCUAACUGAUACUUUAAGCAACAAUAACUGCUUUAAUCUUUGGCUAUUAUCUUAAGUUUAAAGCACAAAAUGUUAACGUUUUGGUUGCAAAGGUAGUGUUUUGUGUGGCUGUGUUUGUUGUUGUGAUAGUAAAAGCACAAUGUAAAACUGCCCAAAACUUCUAGCAAUAUACAAAGUAAUGUAUUACCAAAACACAUUAUCUACCAAUAAUAAAUGUUGUAACAUUAUUUCGCUGCCAAGUCAUACUGUUUGAUUGGCUGUCUUUAAGUGGUCGUUUGAUGUGAAUUUGUUCUCUUUUAUAUAUUUACUAUAUUCUACUGUAAUAAAUAAAUAAAUAUUUA